GAGUGCGUGGUACGCUGCAGCCGAUCGCGCGCCGUCCGCCGCUUGCAAUUGCAGUGCGACUGUUGUGCGGUGCGCGUCGAGCGAACACACGGCGAACCGAACACACCCGCCCGGUGGGUGGACGGAGAGGAACGAGCGAAGAAAAUAUCGAAAACCGGACGGGCGACGUAGCGGAUCGCACACCGGGUGGGCAAAACCGCGCUUUCAAUCUUAUCGCGUGCGGUCGCGCGUGUUCCGUUCCGUUCGCGCGUUGAUGUACCGCGGGGACGAGUCGUCUGGCAAGCGGACCGCAGGACGUUCGGCGGAACCGUGGACGACGGAGGAGGCGCCACGACGAAGGGACCUGUAGCACCCCGGUCAAGGGACGCGAGAGGCAAUAAAAAUCAAUUACCACCAUCAUGCCAUCGCUGUUGGAGGCAAUCGUGGAGAAGUACCAAUGCUUCGAAGACGACACGUUCGACCAGAUGCCCAUACCUAUAUACGUGCCACGUAAGAACCCCAGGAACACGAUACCUAAUCUUCUGGUGUUGAACGACUGUGACAUCGAUUCAGCUGGCCAAGAGUCCGACUUGAGGGACAAGUGUCAUGGCGUUGAAGAAUUGGAUCUAGCUCAGAACUGUCUGUCUAGGUGGAGCGAGAUAUUUAAGAUUUUACAUAUCAUGCCACGACUGAAAUUUGCAAACCUGAGUUUUAACAAUCUUAGUUCAGAUAUAAAUAGUGCAAUCGAUACUUGUGGUGACUUGCGAGAAACAUAUCCAUGUUUGAAGAGCAUUGUAUUGAACUCGACGAAUAUUACAUGGCGCAGCUUUAAACACAUACUGAAACGAAUACCGAUGGUUGAAGAAAUACACUUGAGCAUGAACAAUUACGAUGUUAUAGACUUGGACGACGACGAUGACUGUCAGUCCAUUCAAAUGCCCUCGGUGAAGAAAUUACAUUUUACAGGAAACCCUGUGUCCACGUGGUAUGAAGUGUGCAAACUCGGACGAGCGUUCCCGAAUCUCGAAUCUCUGGUGCUGGCUGAAUGUCCACUGCAGUCCCUCAUGACCCCGCCACCUUCGCCGGACUGCCAUUUGGGCAUUCUGUCCUAUCCGAGGCAAGGGAACGGAUUUUGUGAUAUGACUUUGGAUUCACCACACGACGCGUUCCCGCGUCUCAGAUUCCUCAACUUAAACCGAACGUUAAUCAGAACAUGGGAUGAUGUGGACAUUUUAGGCAGAUUCCCAGAAUUAAGAUACCUAAGGAUACAGGGCUGCCCGAUAUUCGAAGAAAACACCGAUAGGCAGGAAUACACCGAACACGAACGUAGACAGUUGUUAAUCGCACGAUUACCCUGUAUUCAGACCUUGAACGGGGGCGCAGAAAUCACUGCCGACGAAAGAGAAGACGCGGAACGCUUCUUAAUUAGAUACUAUAUGGACAAGCCAGAAAAUGAACUCCCGGACAGGUAUAAAGAACUGGUUCAAGUACACGGUAAACUCGAUCCUUUAGUAAAUAUAGACUUGACGCCUGAAAGUAAAGUGCAGGUUAAGAUUAUAUGCGGUGACAAAUGUGAACAACACAUUUUAGACGUAUACCAAACUGUAUCUGAAUUCAAACAAAAAUUCGAAAAGUUUACCGGCAUACCAGCGCACCGUAUGCGAGUGUUCUAUGUAGAUCAGCACGUGUGUUCAGUAGUUGGUCCUGAAGAAAUGAAAUUUCCCAACAAACGAUUGUAUAGCUAUAACAUAGUCAAAGGAGAUCAGAUCAUUGUCGAUUCAAAAAGAUGAAGUCUUAAAUAAGCGAACGAAAAACUGAAUAUACUUUCAGUGACCUGUGAUACCUAAAGAUGUUAAAUUAAUAUAAAUCAUGCUUAGUUUUAAAA